AUGAGCCUUAAACUAAAGCCAGACAGCACGUCUUCCCCCGGUGCACCAUUCUCAUGGGAUACCCUUCCUACGUCACCCUCUGUAGCGUCACCCUCCGAACCGCCACUGUCUCCUCCGACAUUAUGGCUUGACGCGAAACAAAUGAGGAUCUUUGGUGCUGAGCCGCUCAGGCCUGAAUUCGGUGUUGUUAGGUGUAAAGAUUGUGAUAAGCCGAUACAGAAGAGUGCCUUUGCAGAUCACGUCGAACGAUGUCGGACAAUUCGCGCUGGGGGCAAGAAGGGCAGCGCGAAAGUAGACGACAAGAAGGGAAAGAAACGGAAAGCUGAUGAUAACGAUACCAUAGAAGAUGAAGGUGGUGUGAAGAAAAAGAAACCCGCGACGAAGAUCACGAAGGGGCGUCUCAAGGGGCCUGUGGACUUAGACAGACAAUGUGGGGUUAUAAAUGACAAGGGUUUGCCAUGCUCUCGUGCCCUUACCUGCAAGAGUCAUUCUAUGGGCGCGAAACGCGCGGUUCAGGGACGGUCGAAGAAAUACGACGAGCUGUUGAGUGACUUCAAUAAGGAGCGGAAUCCCAAUUACGUCGAACCACCCAAGCGCCAGACGAAGGCGGAGCGGAAGGAGAAGAAAGAGAAAGAGAAGGCCGAGAAGAAGCGGUUAGCAGUCGAAGCUGCAGCCGUAAGUGCCGCCGUCAAGCAAACGACUGGAGGAUUGCAAAAGAAAAAGAAGACGACUACCACUGCUGCACCAGUCGCGACCGUCCCGCAGGAUGACGACGAGGACGAGAAUAUGGAUGAUGUCGAUUCGGAAGCAGAACUUGACUCAAUGGUGAAAGCUGUGCGCAAUGCUCAGACCACUGGCGUUAUUGGCGUUCCUCUUGCUGUUCCUUGUGAUGCCGGGAGCUGGUUCGUUGGGCGUCGGGAACGUUUACGGAAUUGCAGAGACUUGAUUGCGAGUGCCCUCAUGCCUAGGGGCGCUAUGAAUGGCACUAUGAAUGGACCAAUGACCAGUGUUAUGAAUGGAACGAUGAACGGCAAUGUGGGCGGGGCACCAGCUCGACUCCCACCUUGA